AUGGCUUCUGUUUUAGAAGAUCAAGGAAAAUAUGAUCAAGCAAUUCAAACUUUUGAAAAAAUGUUAGUUAUCUGUGACCAGAUUCAUUUACAUCCAGAUCAUUCAAAACGUGCUUUGGCUUAUGACAAUUUGGGUAAUAUUUAUACGACAAUCAAAAAAUAUGAUCUAUCUCUGACAUGUCUAUUUAAAGCUUUUUCCAUUAGAUUAAAACUCCUUCGUCGAGGUCAUGUUGACUAUGGCUGGAAUUUCAUGCAACUGGGCCGUGUCUUUAUAUAUGUGAAGCAAUUCGAAUGUGCUCGACUAUGUUUAAAUGUCACAUUCGAUAUCAUGUCAGUGACUGUUCCGAAAAAUCAUCUUAAUAAAGCCGAAUAUCUUUUACAAUUUGGUAACUUGAAUCAGGAACAAAAAUAUUUUCGUCGGGCACUCGUUUGGUAUAGACGGGCCUUGACAGCUCGUCUGAAACUGCUACCUUCUGAUCAUCGUGACAUUGGUGUUGUAUAUGAAAAACUUGGUGAUAGUCUGCGGACACUUGGACGUAUUGGAGAAGCCGUUGAAAACUAUCAACGCGCAUUGAAGAUUUACAUCGAUAAAUUAUCACCUGAUCAUCCGUUUACUGCCCGUCUCAAGGAAACCAUAAUACAUCUUAUUUAA